CUUUGGGCGGUCCCGGGCGUCGGCGCGGCGGUCGUCGGCCCUGGCGCUGAGCGGUGACAUUGAGGGGAAGCUGGCAGGGCUGAGGUCGAGCUCGUCAUGUGGGGCCGCGCUGGCAGUGCUGUUAAACUGCUGGGAAGAAAUAUUCCCUCAGUACUGAGGAUCACUAACGAAGUAGAUCUGAAGAUAAGCAGAAGGCUUUGCAUUAAACCCCAGGAAGAAAGUCAUCUUCAGCCAAGAAGUAGAUCUACUUUGAGGGUGCCUGGACACAAGCCAACAGACUGGGAGAAAAGAUUUUUGUUGUGGGCAGGCAAUUACAAAAAGGCAGAGGAUAUCCCAGAGACAGUCUCGAUUGAAACAAUCAGAGCUGCAAAGACCACGCUCCGGGUGAAGUUCAGCUAUGUGAUGAUCGCUUUGACAGUGUUGGGAUGUGUACUCAUGGUGAUCAGAGGCAAGCAGGCUAUAAAGAGGCAUGAAACUCUUACCAGCAUAAACCUGGAGAAGAAAGCUCAGUGGAGAGAGGAAGCUGCUCAGAGUACAUCUGCUAAAUGAAGAGCUCAUGGGCUGAGGAAGAAAAGCUGAGUCAUCUUCAGGCUGGGAGGAGGAUACAGUCCUAUCUUUCCUGUAUGCCUGGUACCCUCCUGUUCAAGAAUAGGCAAAGCAGAUUCUCCUGUAAUCAAUAAAAGCAGAAAUACAUGGUUUCUUUUCCUAACCACCUCCCCUUUCCUCCAAACUCUCUCCUUCUUGAUUAGUGGAACAGGACAAACGAGCAGACUAGGCAGACUCAGUAGCUGUCUCUCACAUGUGCUAUGCACUAGACCAAGCAUCUUGUGAGGGAACACAGGAUCUGUAGCUGCAUUGUUGGUGCCAGUCUCCUUUAUGAAGCCUUAUGCUCUCACUUGCACUUAAGAAGGAGGCAGAUCAACAGAGAAAUGGCAUUCCAGAGAACCAGUGUGUUGCAGAUGACACCCCUGUGGGUUUUUUUCACCAGAGCUGGUAGUGAGAUGAAAGCCCAAGCUAAAGGAACAGAAAUGACUAGAGGAGGAAUCCUGAACAAUUGCUUUCAGCUGUGAUCUCAUUUGCUGGAGGCAGACAAGUGUAACACUGUCUUACCAGGUGUUUCUGCUCUGCUGCUGAGCUCCUUCUUCCAACCCUUGUCACAGAAACACAGAAACAUUUUGGUUGGAAAAGACCUUUAAGAUGAUUGAGUCCAACCAUUGUCUAAGACUACCAAGCCUGGUGCCACACCAUGUACCCCAGCACCACAUCUCUGCCAUCUUUGAAACACCUUCAGGGAUGGGGAUUCAAGCACCUCCCUGGGGAGCCUGUUCCAGCGGUUGAGAACCCAAUUUAGCCAACCUAGCCACUCCCUCCCCACCUGAUGCAAUUCACAGGUUUGACAGAUCAAGUGUGAACUUCCUGACAGUGGCAGGCAGAUUCUCUUCCUGAUUCUUUCCCCUUGUUUUUGUUGGACUAGUGAAACCAAGCACUGCUGCUGAAUAAACUAAAAGCCCU